CCGCCCUCCAGAGAGCUACAGCUUUCUUCUUUCAGCCCCUGAUUGAUUCAUUUUUUGUAAUCUUUAUUAUACAUAAUACUAAGAUUAUUAUUUCUUUGUUUUAAGCUGGGUGUUCAAGCAAAAAUAUGUUUUGUUGAAAGCGUUGUUUUCACGUGGAUUUAGCUGCAAACUAAAGAUUUUCUUAUCUGGUAUUAUGUAGAUCUUUCAACCCAAUAUUUUUUGAAUGUGGUCUCGCGCGCUUGAACUGGGUCCUGCGUGCUCUCAGCAGCUGGACAGAUGUUGGUCGCGGCGCUGCUGUCGCUGACCUCGGUGCUGAACGACGUCAGAUCAACCUGCGCUCACCACAGGAGACACGAGACAGCCUCACUCCCACUUUGAUUUAUUCAAGCUACUUCAAACAGAACCUUUACAUCCAAAUCCGUGACUUCAUUGUUUUGACUUUUUUUUUAAAUUAAUUUCUCCUUUAGUGGUGCUGAGGCUCCCUUUGUGUUUUGGUUUCCAGCUCUGACAGAGUAGACGCUCGCUGUUUCCGUCGUCAUGGCACUUGCUGGCGCGGUUACUUUACGCCAGGCGGCAGAUGAGCUGGAUGAAGGCGCGCACCUCGAUUGAUUCACCUUUUCUUGUGAGAAGGUGUUUGUGCUUUUUUUUCGGCGGUGAAAAUCGUCCUCCUGCGGCUGGAUCGCUGCCUCGCUGGGCUGCAUUGGUUUUCUAAGUUGGUGUGUUGCUUUGGAUAGUCGCUGCAGUCGGCCAUCCUGCGCUGUAACAUGACGCUGAGGCAGUAAAAUAGAGAUAUACGUUUAGAAAAACAGGCCACCACACAGAAACUGGAUAUGGAAUCCAUGAAGACUAAAGCCACGGCGGGGGUCAAGGAAUUCGCGGGGAAGACCCUGGGCCAUUUGUACAGGGGGAUAGAAAGAAGGCAGAAAACUGGGGAGGUGAUCGAGCUGACAGAGGAUGGGCGGCCUCGGGAGGCCGCGGAGAAGAAGCCCCCGCUGUGCGACUGCAGCUGCUUCGGUCUGCCCCGCCGCUACAUCAUCGCCAUCAUGAGCGGCAUGGGCUUCUGCAUCUCCUUCGGAAUCCGAUGUAACCUGGGCGUGGCCAUAGUGGGCAUGGUCAACAACAGCACCAUCCACCAGAAUGGCAAGAUCAUCAUCAAAGAGAAAGCCAAGUUCAACUGGGAUCCAGAGACGGUAGGAAUGAUCCACGGCUCGUUUUUCUGGGGCUACAUCGUGACACAAAUCCCUGGAGGAUAUAUCUGCUCGAGGCUUGCAGCAAACAGGGUAUUUGGGGCAGCUAUCGUCCUGACCUCCACUCUCAACAUGUUCAUUCCUUCGGCUGCCAGAGUCCACUAUGGAUGUGUCAUUUUUGUGAGGAUCUUACAGGGAUUGGUUGAGGGGGUGACCUAUCCAGCCUGUCAUGGUAUAUGGAGUAAGUGGGCACCGCCACUAGAGAGGAGCCGUCUGGCAACAAUCUCAUUCUGUGGCUCGUAUGCUGGUGCUGUGAUUGCUAUGCCUCUGGCUGGGAUCCUGGUUCAGUAUUCAGGAUGGUCAUCUGUGUUCUACGUCUACGGAUGCGUUGGCAUUUUCUGGUACAUCUUCUGGAUUUUGGUGUCGUACGAGAGCCCCGCUGAUCAUCCGACCAUCACUGAUGAGGAGCGCUGCUACAUCGAGGAGAGUAUUGGAGAGAGUGCCAGGCUCUCUGGUCCUGGAGAGAAAUUCAAAACCCCAUGGAGAAAGUUCUUCACCUCUAUGCCUGUCUAUGCAAUCAUCGUGGCAAACUUCUGUCGGAGUUGGACCUUCUACCUGCUGCUGAUCAGCCAGCCUGCGUAUUUUGAGGAGGUGUUUGGCUUUGAGAUAAGCAAGGUCGGCUUACUGUCUGCCCUUCCUCAUUUAGUGAUGACUAUCAUUGUGCCCAUUGGUGGUCAGCUGGCCGACCACCUACGCAGCAAGAACAUCUUGACAACCACCACUGUAAGGAAAAUCAUGAACUGUGGAGGAUUUGGCAUGGAGGCCACUCUGCUGCUGGUGGUGGGAUAUUCCCACAGUAAAGGGGUGGCCAUCUCCUUCCUGGUGCUGGCGGUGGGUUUCAGUGGAUUUGCUAUAUCAGGCUUUAAUGUCAACCACCUGGAUAUAGCUCCCCGCUACGCCAGUAUCCUGAUGGGCAUCUCUAACGGUGUUGGGACUCUGUCUGGAAUGGUGUGUCCGCUGAUUGUUGGUGCAAUGACGAAAAACAAGACUCGAGAAGAAUGGCAGUACGUUUUCCUGAUAGCUUCCCUGGUGCAUUAUGGGGGUGUGGUCUUCUACGGGAUCUUUGCGUCUGGAGAGAAACAGCCUUGGGCUGACCCGGAACUGACCAGCGAGGAGAAAUGCGGCUUCAUCGAUGAGGACGAGUUGGCUGAGGAGACUGGAGACAUCACUCAGAGUUACGGUGCUUUCGGAGGUGCUGCUAAAACAUACGGUGCAACCACACAGGUGAACGGCGGCUGGGCCACAGGAUGGGAGAAGACGGAGGAGUAUGUCCAGGAAGAGGCGCAGGGCGGGGGCUAUGGAUAUAGGCAGGAUGAGGGAUCCUCUUAGAGCCAGCACACGGGGAUGGCCGACUACACCCAUUCCCCUAAACGUGCAUCAGAUUUAUUCUGAAUGAUAUCAAAUCUGAGGAAAAAAACAACCAAAAAAAAAAGCCACAGUCCAUUGUCAUAUUUGCACAAAUUCAAAAAAUAAGAAUAUAUAAAUAAAUCGUUAAAAACUCAAUGUGAGAGUAAUGAAAAUAUUAAAAAAAAAUAUUUCAGAUAUUUGAUCAAUAGAAAUGUAGCACAUAUCAAAUUGGCAGUCUGUAUAUGUACUAUUAUGCAUAUUUAAAAUAGAUAUAUUUAUUUUGAGUGCAAUUGUGAUUAAAUGUGAACAUUGUCAUCAUGUGUUGAGGCUUCCCAGCUACACUGAAGCCUUUAGGGUUUCAAAGAAAAGACAUAAGAGCUGUCACAUAUGAAGCAGCAAGAGAACCAUUUCGGUGUACAAAUACGUCACUUCACAGCACAGUAAACAGAACUAGACACUAUGUUAAGAUAGACUGUACUGUAUAUCUCCUGAUGCACUCACACUAGUGUCUUUUCAAUGCACAACUUUGUAGUUUUUAUUUUUCGAUCACUAGCUUCUGUGUGUGAGUAUGUGUGUAUGUGUGUGUCCUGCUGGGACGGUGGGACCUGGUACAGAUUUAACUUGUGGCACAAUGACUUGCAAUGUGGUUUUAACUUUGAAUUUGAAGAAUAAGUUUAUAUAUAGAAGUUGUUCUCACUACUAAAUUUUUUAAUUUUAAGUUUUAUGUUUUUGCCCACAGUCUGAUCUAAGCCAUGAAUUCCCCUGAAUAUACUGCACAUAAUAGUCAGGCCGCUUAAACUUUUACAACUUUACGUUAAACUAAGUAGAUAUAAUAUAUUUACAUUUUGAACAUUGUGACAUGUCACAAAUAGUGAUGAUAGAUGUCCUUAAAUAAUAUAUGUGCAAUGGGAAACCCAACUCAGUAUGAGUGUCUUUGUAGUUUAGAGCCAAAAGUCAAAUUAUUAUAUUUUAAAGAAACAGACGAAGAUAAUUUAGGAUAAAGUAAAAAUGUUCACCGUGGGAUGACUGUAAAUUCAAAAGUAAUAUUGGCAAAGCCCCGAAAUAGAACCAUAAAUUUAAAGUUUUUCAUAUUUUUAUUGAUUUCACAACUUUAAUUGACUUUUAGUCAAUACAAAGUGUUUUGUGUGUACAAUUAAGACAGUAAAAUGGUGUUUUACACACUUAAAAUAGGAUUUGUUUUGUCUUUUAUCAAGUAUUUCAUGAUAACCGCAGGUAUAGUUUGAUGAAAUUUGAAGGGAAAAAAAUCCACUGGUUGCUAAAAAAAUGUGUUUCUUUUCAGUGUACUACCUUUUCCCGUUACUCUUUAGAUGUGCACUAAAACACAGAACUUUGAGCUUUUGACUAAAAUGUCACAAAUCAUUAUAGAAGUUAUAAACAUUCCUAAUCAAGUAUUUGAUACUUGUUUACAUUUAGAUGCAGUUUACAUAAAGUUCACCCAAAAAAAAUGAUGCUUUGUUGCAGUUGAAGCCAGUUUAGGUGAAGUUUGCAUUUGUAGAAAUGAUGCUUUUUUGGUUUUGCCAGUGUAGACCGUAAGGAAAAUAUAUUCUGUGAAUCAUGAAUUAGCUUCUGCUAGUAACAAUCACGAGAUGGAAAGCGACACAGACGAAACAAUUCAUGCUUUACUUCACAUUGCAGAUCUGAUGAGGAGAAAAUUAAAUUCAUUUAGUCUUUAAAUUGUAGUGGGUCCGUGUCAUCACUUCACCUUGUAAAUGUGUCUGGAUGUGUAUUUAUGCAUGGAACAAAGUGAGGUUAGUGUUAGGUCUUUUUUAUUCCCAUUUUUUACCUGUUCUUUCCAAUAUUUUUUCUUUUUUCUUUCAGAAACUGUUACUUAUGCUUAAAUUUCUUUGCACAAUAACCAAAAGUGAGAAGCAGUUUGUGGGCUUUUAGCUGGAAAUCUAAUGUUUCAAAGAAAACCAUCAGCAUUGAGGUCCACACAAGAGAAACCUGCAGUGGGCAGUCGAUACCAAACAUGACUCAGUGUACAAAGCAAUAAAUCCAUAGUAACAGUUCUGGUCAAGUGUCAAGAACAGUCUUUUGGGUUUUUCUUUUUAAUCAUUUGUUUAGAAGUCGUGUUUUUGUGAAAACAAAAUGUAGAAAAUAAAUAAUUGUAAAGAAAAUAGGAACAUAAAUGUAUGAAAAUAUAGUAACUCGAGUCCAACACAAAUGUCUUUGACAUGACAUGUCGGGGAGUUUGUGGUUGGGCUGCUCACCCGAUGAGAAUGAUACUAAGAGUCCUGCCAGAGAGGCGGCCGCUCUUCUUUUUCUAAGUUUUUGCUUUGGUGUGGUCCACACUGAUUGUACGCUAUUGACCCUCCUAUGUCUGUCUUUCUCUUUCACUCCUCAUUUAGCUGAAUUUGUGUCUUUGAUUCAGUGGCAGGACCCCCAUCGCUCUUCCUGUACCUGCUUCCCCUUGUACAGCCCCCCUCCAGCUCUCUCACUGUCACAAUAUUCAUUGACAUUAUGGAUGAAACCUUAACAAAGCGAUUCAGAAAAACUGAAAAACGUGCAACUUGAAAUAGUGAGAAGUUUCCUGUUUUUGUGCCUCUGAAGUUGCAGUGUGAUUCUAUGGCUUCUGUUGCUGUGUAAAGUGAGAGGUUUGUUGAUGUCAAAAUGAAAUACUCUAUAUCCUUUUUUGAUAUAAAAAAAACUUAAAACAA